AUGAGAAAUGCUGGUGAGGUGACUUAUGCAGAUGCUCACAAAAAAACUCGAAAUGAAGCAGUUAUAUGUUUUGCUUCGCAUGAGGAUCUUCGACGGGCUCUUGAUCGUUAUCAAGGUUCGUUUGUGAGUAAAAGGGAAAACACGUUUUUUAGCCUUCGUUCCCUUAUGCAUUCGGCAAUUUUAUCGUAA